AUGUUGUCGGUGCUUUCUUACGGUCGACUCGUUGCCAGAGCGGUCAUCGGCGGGCUUUCUCAGACGGACAGCCGAGACUACAGCCUGGUGACUGCGAGCUGUGGCUUUGGCAAGGACUUUCGUAAAGGCAUCCUGAAAAAAGGCAUGUGCUAUGGGGACGAUGCGUGCUUCGUGGCCCGACAUAGGACGGCUGAUGUUUUGGGUGUUGCGGACGGCGUGGGCGGCUGGCGAGACUACGGCGUGGACCCCUCGCAGUUCUCAGGGACACUGAUGAAGACGUGUGAACGGCUGGUGAAGGAGGGCCGCUUUGUGCCCAGUAACCCAGUGGGAGUCCUCACCACCGGCUACUACGAGCUGCUGCAGAACAAGGCGCCGCUGCUGGGCAGCAGCACGGCCUGCAUCGUGGUGCUGGACCGACAGAGCCACACUCUGCACACGGCGAACCUGGGGGACUCUGGGUUCUUGGUGGUGCGAGAGGGGGAGGUGGUCCAUCGCUCGGACGAACAGCAGCACUACUUCAAUACUCCCUUCCAGCUGUCCAUCGUCCCGCCCGGAUCCGAGGGCGCGGUGCUCAGUGACAGCCCGGACGCCGCCGACAGCUCCUCGUUCGACGUUCAGCUCGGUGACAUCAUCCUCACGGCGACAGAUGGACUUUUUGACAACAUGCCCGACUACAUGAUCCUGCAGGAGCUCAAGAAAAUCAAGAACUCGAACUAUGAGAGUAUCCAGCAGACGGCUCGGAGCAUCGCGGAGCAGGCUCACGAUCUGGCCUACGAUCCAAACUACAUGUCGCCCUUCGCUCAGUUUGCCUGUGACAACGGCCUGAAUGUACGAGGAGGAAAGCCGGAUGACAUCACUGUGCUGCUGUCCAUCGUGGCCGAAUACACAGACUAG